GAUAAAGCUGAUGUAUAACUGAGUGGACUGACAGCAAAUUAUCAGAUAGGUGACCACUUUGUCAUGUUUUAAUCUUCUCUAUAGUUUUGUGUGACCAUGGAUCCGACCUGCAGUGCUUCGGCUGCUCAAGCUGGUUUAACUGUCCAGGUGUGUUUCCCCGGUGCCCGUGCGGCUGUUUUGGAUAAUCUGAACCGCCAGCGGGAAGAGGGCAGGCUGUGUGACCUCUCCAUCCAGGUGCAAGGACAUGUGUUCAGGGCCCACCGCUGUGUGCUCGCUGCAUCCUCACCUUACUUUCAUGACCAGGUAACCCUGAAGAAUGUUACAACUGUUUCCUUACCCUCAGUUAUGGACCCAGUGGGCUUUGACAGUGUCCUGAGUUCUGCCUACACAGGCCAGCUGAGCAUUGUGCUUGAUGACAUUGUAAACUAUGUCACUGUGGCCAGUUUCCUCCAGAUGUGGCAUAUCGUGGACAAAUGCACUGAGAUCCUGAAGAGGCCUCGGCCCCCAGCAGAAGUAAGCCCUGGAGAGACCGCUGCAGCUCACCCUGGCACUGCAUCUCGCCAGCAGUCCCCAAGCAGCACAGACUGCUUAUAUCUGGAAAGGGAGGAAAGAAGGAAGGAGAGAAAGCCUGAUGCCUUGCCUCCCUUAGCUACAUGGAGACGUCCACAGCAUUUUCCUAGAUGGGGGCGGCCACGGCCUUCAUCAGCCCAGAACUUAGCUGACUCUCAACUGGACACCCUCCCUUGCUAUACAGAGAGUGAUUACACCAACUGUGAGGAGGCAUGGGUAUCAAGCCAUGCCAAAACGAGCCACUUUGCUCAUGAUGGACCUGGCCACAAUAGCCGGUACCAUGGGGGGGGUCCCUUGUGGUGA